AUGGUUGCCUUGAUGAGAGUGUCGAGCUCUUCGUCUCCUCGGAUGGCGAGAUGGAGAUGUCUCGGGGUGAUACGCUUCACCUUAAGAUCCUUGGAGGCGUUUCCUGCGAGUUCGAGAACUUCAGCAGUAAGGUACUCGAGGAUUGCGGCACUAAAAGAAGACCUUGAAGAUUUCGUAAAUACAGUUAGUGGACUACCUGUAAACUGCGGCUGUGGCUCCAACACGUCCACUGGAAGUGGUUCUCUGCUUCAAGAAACGAUGAAUACGUCCGACUGGGAAUUGGAGUCCAGCUCGAGCGCUCCUCGAGACGACCUUAGACUUGGACUUUCCGGAGUCCUUUCCAGCCUUUCCUUUUCCUCCGGCCAUUGUUAA